CUUUUUUAUCCUCAUGAAACCGGGGCGGCUUUUUUUUUUGUGGAUAUCCUGGGGGUAGUUUGGUGGCAAACUUUUACAUGUAGAAUAGAAGUUACAGAGAAUACAACUCUCGACAAUCCUGAUAAAUGUAUCUAACUCCAGCAUUUUGCACUAAAAUCUAUAGAAAGCUGGUUUUCUUUCUUUAGUCCGCCCUGUCUGUCUGUCUGAAUAUGGAUUCCAGAUACAUUUUGGAGCAGCAGCCGGCGACAAGAGUCGGUGGCGGUGCCGGUGCGGAUUUUAACUACCGGGCAGGCUGCUCGGUGCUCCGCAGCACCCGGGUCUCCGUGGUGGAGAGAAACACCCCCAUGCCGGUGUACACAAACGCUGUCUACUGCGAGUUUGUAAUGGAGGCGGAGGUUAAAGGCGAGCGGACCUCUGGACCGGCUCCCGGUGCUCGAAUAGUGUACGACGUGGAAAAAACUGGCCUGGGGGACCAAAAGGACACCGGUUCCUCUGGGAUCUUGAAGAGAGCCAGUCCUACUCACUGCCCAGGCAUAAACGGGCAGUUGCAAGGCGGCUUCAUGCACUUGGACAUCAGGAACCCAGGGAAACUGGCAGAGCUGGCCAACAACUUCAGGGCAGCGCAGGGGCGGAUCGUACCACCACCGGCAGCGGGACAACCCCUCCCUUCCUCCCACAUCCCCGUCCCCAGAAACAGCUGGCCCAUGUGUUGUGCCGCUGCCAGAGGGGAUGGUUCUUGGCUCAACCAAAGCCAAUACAAGUUGAGGGAGGAAGGAAGGAAGCCCUCAGGUCAUGCUGAUAAGGAGGUGAUGGCUGCCACCGUCCUGACCUCACUGUCCACAUCCCCUUUGGUGCUCAACCCUUCCUCUGCUCCCACAGCUCCAGUCCCAGAGCCAGUCAGCAGGGCUUGGAAAGACGUGCUGUCGGCUAGCUACAGCAGCUCGACCAGCGGCAACUGGAGCUGGGACGCCAGCGACCAAUCGGUGCCCUCCACACCGUCCCCGCCUCUUUCCAACGAUACCAACAAGAGCUUCCUGCUCUCGUCCCAGGGCGAUGAUGUCAUUGAGGAUGUCAUAGAGAACUCGCACUUCAUGUUUGAGGACCCCAUACCUCGGAAGCGAAAGAACUCCAUGAAGGUGAUGUUCAAGUGCUUGUGGAAGAACUGUGAAAAGGUCCUCAGCACCUCCUCAGGGAUCCAGCGACACGUCCGCACCAUCCACCUGGGGCGAAACAGCGACUCGGACUACAGCGAUGGAGAGGAGGACUUUUACUACUCAGAGAUCGAGGUCAACAUGGACAGCCUAACGGAGGGCUUGUCCAGCCUCACACCCACCUCCCCCACCACGUGCGGCCCUCCGCCCAUCUUCCCUCCGCCGCUCACCGCUGUCCCUCACUCCGAACACAUCGACAUGAACGGUCUGCAGAGCCACGCCCCGACACUGCUCAGUCAGUCGGCUCCCUCCACGCUCUGCCACAUCCGCACUGACCACGCCUACCAGGCCACUGCUCCAGUGAGUAUCCCAGUGGGUCCUGAGCUGGCUGGGUUAGGCAAUGGUAAUGGGACCGGGCCUGGAAUUGGGACUGGAAACGGCAUCAGUGUGUCAUGGCAAUCCCCUCCUGUCAUUUUCAAAGGCGUCCCGGGGCCUGUGACUCACGUCCGGACAGUUAGCAUCGGUGAGAAGCGGCAGCCGGCAGCCGGCACACACACCCCCGUUAACAAGAACCAUGCUUUAAUAACGCCGGCACCUAAAUCAACACCAGGAACCAGGAAACCCCGUGGGGAGGCGAAGAAGUGCCGAAAGGUGUACGGCAUGGAGAAGAGAGACAUGUGGUGCACAGCCUGUCGCUGGAAAAAAGCCUGUCAGAGAUUCACCGACUAAUCCUGUCCCCCCUUCCCUUCCCGCGUCUGCGAGAUGAGCUCUUCCUCGCUCGAAGCGACGGCUGCAGGCGGACUCUUCCACUGAGGGAGAUGAGGGGAGACGGAGCUCUCGGUGCUGCUUCCUCCAGCCCAGCAGGGGGUUCGCCUUCUUUCCAAACACAAAGAGUAAAUACAACUGGUGGAUUAAAAACAAACAACAACAACAAAAAAUGAGCAAGAAAAAAGAACUUUAUGUAAGUUUGGAGACUUUUUCUAAGACUGAAACUCAUAAAUAAGGAAAACGUUUAAAUUGGAACCUUCUGAUUUGAUUUUUUUUGUUUUUCUCUUGCCAUUUUUCACGGCCUCAACUCAAGGUGAUGUUUAAAGACUACAAAUAAGCUUUUUGAUAUACGCUGUUGUUCAUUAUAGGAGCAUCAUGUAGUCUGCGUCUACUGUUUUUUGGGGUGGAUCCUGACUUUUUGGAGGGUUAACACCAUAUUUGCUCGGAAAAGGCCUCUGUAGCAUAUCCGUUUUUCAUUGUCACUGUUUAAGGGACUUCAUACCUACCAAAGGCACAACGCCUGUUCACUUCCAACCAACAGUUUUAAGCUAGCAUCACUGUCUUCUGCAGCCUUACUGGAUAUAAACUUUAUGUUUAAUCACAUAUUGUUCAAUAUCUUCUACCUGCUCAUUAAGCAAACUUCAGUACAGCCAGCUACACUUCUUGUAAUUUUGCAAAGAUGCACAAAACGCUCACACACAAGUGGUACAAAAAAGUUUCCCCUUGACUUUCCUAAAUAUUUUUGCGUUAUGUACACAAUAUAUACUUGUACCCUAGAGAUAUGCACCUUGAAGAAAUAAGUCAUCUUUUAGAGUAUCACUGAAACCACAGCGUAUGCCUGAGAGAGAGGAUAUCUAUUUCUUAUAUAGAGUUUAUUUUCAGCAGUGACUUGCUGAAGCAACUAGCAGUUGCACCGUGCAAUCAGCAGGAUUACAGCGUUUAAUAAUGUCUUGCUUUGUGGUUGUCAUUGUUAUUAAGAUGAGUUGAGGCAGAAAGGCUCAGCUGAUGUUCUUAAAGAGAUUGUUUACCACAAUGAAUGAUAACUGCCCUUUGAAACUUUUACUUAAAGUCUGACUGAUGUUACUUGUGUUUGUAGGUAACUAACAGAGAUUGUAAUCCAACAAUCACUACCUGAUGAUUAAUCAGGCAUUUGAAUUCAUUUCUGACAGUUUUAAAUGGAGAGAUUAGCCAAUCUUUUCUCUUUUGGAAUAACUAUCACUAACCAGCAACAUUUGUAGAUACCAAACUUCAUAGGAACCGAGACAUUUUCCUAUGUUUUUAGUAGAUGUUGUGUUGAAUGAUCUUUUACUCUGGUCUAACAUUUUGAAAUGAAAAGUGAGAAUCAAAAUUGAAUCAAAGUAAAAUAAUGUUUCACCGAAGUAGAUUUAUUACUUGUUAGAAGAGGCCUGUAAUACUACAUGACUGGCCUGCUUUUCCAAACUUUAGAUUUAAUAUAGGUGGUAGAUUUUAGAUAUUUUUUAUAUUUCCCUUUCACCAAUAUUGGCCAAUCUCUUGAAAAUAGCACCCUUUAAUUUUAAGGCCCAAUUUGUUACCUGUUUUGCAUUUUUAAUAAUUAUCCAAGAUCUAGAACAAUGAUAGAAAAAAAUGCAAGUGGUAACCUUAUAAGCAUUUAAUCUUUUUUUUUUUAAAUAUAUUUUGAAAAGAUACUCUGCUGAAAUUCAGGAGUGUUCCUACAAAAGACAAAUACAGUGAAACAAGUCUAAAAACUAGUUAUACUUGUCUUAAUAUAACACAUGUAAGGACAAAUUAGUAAUGGUGAUAAUAAUGAUGAAAGUAAAAUGUAUAACCCCACAUCAGUAGUCAUAGUUAAGAAUGUUUUUAAGUAAUACCUACAUUCAGAGAUCCCCAGAAGAGAGAUGAACUUUUAUUUUAUUAUUUUUUGCCCCUCACUAGCAACACAUAGUUGUUGUUAACUUGCUCUUAUUCAGUUCAUUUGACAAUACUGAUCUUUUCAAAAUGAUAACCCUCUUCCCGUAAACCAUAAUCAAGUCAAAUCAAUUUAUUUAUUUAUAUCAAACAAAUCACAAAUUUGCCUCACAACAUGUGACGCCCUCUGUUCUCAGAAAACAAAAGCUCUUUAACAUGUAUUUUGCUGAUCUGCUCUCAGAGUCGGGACAGUAGAUGUAUAUUUUUGAGGAGAUUCACCUUUGUGCUGUUUGUUAGCAGCAGCAGCAGCAGCUCCUGCUGUGUGUCCUCUACUCUACACUGACCUGACGCGAUCACCAUAGCAACGCAUGACAAACAGUGCCUGUCCUUUCCUAUAGACCUUUGUAUUUCCUGUUUGUUAAUGCAGUAGCUGACAGGAAGUCAACUUGGACCAAAGCUGUUGCCCUAGCAACAGAAUGGCAAUGAAAAGGUCUAUAUGAGCAGGCCGCCGAGCAUUCGAGCUGACUCCUCGACUGAGGAACAGUACGACUUCAGACCUCCGUCGCCAUAGAAACACCUGUGCUUUCCCCUGUCGCCACAAGGUCGCCCGUGCUGUCUGCUGUUGGCUGAUACCACGUCACAGGCGACCAGUUAUCACCUCUCUGUGAAAGCUGGGAAGCAGAUGCUUGACUGUUAAUUGGUGGCGUGGAGUCAAACAUAUUAAACACACGUGUUAGCUGUAAUAGUAGUAAAUAAUAUCUCAUUCAGAGCCCGUUAUUCACCACGAAAAAGAUGUUUCAAAAAAGGAUUCUGCCUGUAAACCGUUUAUUCCAGCGGCAUCCCAGAUAAGCUUCCGGUCUCUUCCGGUCAGAAACUUCACAAAGUGCCAAUGAAAAGAACAUAAAAAGGAAAAAAAGGUAUACUGACCUUAUGAAAUUGCACUACGUUGCACUGCGCAAAGACAUGUUUUUAUACAUGGACAUUUUAUAUACACAAAUUUUGAAGUGAAAGGAUUUUUUUUGAGGCGGGGGGGCGGGGGGUGUCGUCACUGCCCGAUAGAAUAAAUGGGGUGUCAGGGAUAAGGGGGUUCUGUACCUCUGGGGUCUCCCAUUGUUAGUAAGUGAUCUUGACAGUACAUGUCUUGCUCUCUGUGUCAGAGUUAUUGUACUAAACAUACUGGCUGUUUUAGUGUGGUACUGGGAAGUACAGUGUGGUACUUAGGUUGCCUUUCCUGGGAGGAGUGCCAAGCAGCACCUGCCUUGUCUCAGUGAUGGGAAACACCAGUCUCAGUCAGUGGCUACACAUUAAUGUCUUGAUAACAGAUGCUUUUACGACGCUUUAUUGCCUGGAGUUUUUCACACACUUUUUAAUCCAUAAAGUCCAUCUUUGUGCUUAUACUUUCUUAUUUACAUUCUACUGAGCUGAGGUAGUAACUGUUGUAGAUACUGUUAUUAGUGCUGGAUACCACUUUUAAUUCUCCGGUUUGGUUGUUGAUGGAGUGUGAAAUGCAACCCGUGAGGUCUCUCUCUCUCCAUCCUUUUAGAUUCCACCAGCAGGGUUAGAGGCCGAUUCUUCUGCUGGCGAGCAAAUAGGACUGUUAGCAUGUUUUCAAGUUGUCCGUCCCAUUCUUGUGAGUGUGAUAUCUCAGGAACGCCUUGAGGGAAUUUCUUCAGAUUUGGCACAAAUGUCCACUUGGACUCAAGGAUGAACUGAUUAGAUUUUGGUGGUCAAAGUUCAAGGUCACUUUGACCGUUUUUUGGCCAGAAUUCACACGACAAAAUACGCUUUUUAUUAAAUUCCUUCAAAGUCUUCACUACAUAUAUUAUGAGUCUGGACAGACGUGGAUGUAAACUGCAACUGGACUGGUUUGCAGAGGCAAACAACCGCUAGGCGGUAAUUGCAGUUUUCUUUCGAGUUGCACUAAACUGGCCCGUGACGUUCGAGGCUCAAGUUGCAUCAAUAAGAGCUCGGAUUGUGUCAUUAUGGCCAGAAAGAACUGUGGGUCCAAAGUUGCUCUUGUGGACUUUUAAUGGUGAUUCAAUUACAGCGUUCACCUGUAAAAUGGGAGAUGGAGAUUGAAGUUAAUGGGUGUGAAGGGAAAGUUGAUGGAGAGCAGACACGAGACACGCAGUGACGAUAUAGAUGGAUUUGCAGUUUCAGGGCUUUCUUGUACAUAUGCAACAUAAAGAGAACCGUGAGGCUUUUUUUCAUAUAUUGUUGUUGUUUUCUUUGUCGUUGUUAUCUUGUUAUAUGAAAAGUAAACUUUUUUUUACAGUAUAGUUGCUCAGAAUAUUUUCUUUCAUUUUUUUUUUUUUUUUAAAAGUCGAUUGAGAAGCUAUAGUGAACAUAACACGUAAAAGAUUCAAUGUAUAUUGUAGCUUAGAGGCAAAGGGGAGAAAAACAAAACCUGUUGAAUGUAAAACCUACAAAAACAAAAGUUUCUUUUUUUGUUGUUAUAUUUGCUGGCUAGUUCGUAGUGAACCUGUAGCGCGUCCUGAUUUUGUUAUUCAAAUCUUUUUACACCCACAGCUGUCGCCACACUGCUAAAUCAUAUCAAAUAACGCAACCAUGCAGUAUUGCUUUACUAUCUUACUUUGUGCAAUGAGAUGCUUUAUAAUGGAACAAGAACUAACUUUUUGGUGACACCUGGGCUACUCGCUCACGCUGUUGCUGUUCGUCUUUCUCCCUGCCAAAUAGUCAUUUUUCUGAGUGGUUAAUCGUCGUCGUGGAUGUUGUUUGUGGUUGUGACGUUAAGUUGUUGUUAGGCAGGAUAACCUUCGACCUUUGGUCACGAUGACAUUUUUAACCUUGUGGGAAUCUUUAUCCUGCCCUGCACAUUCCAACCGACAGCACGCUUUUUAAGUGUCUUCCACUUGUUUCCUAACAGACAUAUCCUUCCCGUUUCCCUUUUCACUACAGUGAUUCUUCUCUGAUGACCCGUUCUCGUCCUAUCCAGCUUUACUGUGGUCCCACCCAAGCCUUUAUACCCAGUAUAUUAAGCUAAACUAAACCCUUGAAAUGUGCAUCAAAAAAAAAAGAAAAGCCUUCAUUUUUAUUUCCACGUCUGAAUUUAAUGUGCUGCUUUCUUGAAUGUCAGUUUUCAUUUGUGUGUAAACCAGCAGCAGCAGCAAAAGCCAAUAGAUCUCCUUCCAAAUCAAAUGUAAUGUAAUGCAUUGCAAUGGCAGCUCCACUCAACUCUCUGCUUCUUCUACUGUGCUCUUAUCGUCUGUCCAGGCUUUUUUUACCCCUCUGUUCUCUCGUUUGAUGACCAUUUAUUUUUUUCUCCUGUUGUGUUUUUACCGAGCCGUACACUGGCUGCUGUGAAAACUGACUCCUGCUUGUUUUCUCAUUGAUUGAUUGAUUGAUUGUCUGGUUGAGUUUGAGGUUUGUUUUGCAUGUCUAGCAUCGCUCAUUUUGUUCUUAUUUUUUCGUUAGGAGAUACAACACUGAAGGGUUUUAUGUGUUAGAUUUCCCCUUUCAGCAACUGAUAACCCGAGGCUGAUGUUUUGCCUCGUUGCAGCCUGACAAACACACGCGCAGAGCUAAAAGCGUUUAUUCGAGGUAAACGUGACGUCAGCCUCGGGUCUUCACUGGAGGGCAAGAUUUCUCCCGUGUGUGUGUGGGCUCGGCCUCUGGUCUUCAUUAGCCAGUCCCACGCACACGGAGGAAGCACUUUCUGAGGAGUGGUGCACUCAAGGAGUAUUUGUGUGAAUGUCAAGCCUAUGACUAGCGCUUGAAAAAGAUGGAUGACCAUGUAUGAUGCUGAUAAUGUGAUCUAUGUGAUGUAAUGUGACGGAAAGAAAAUAAACCUGAAUGGAAGAA